AUGACCAAGAAAAGCCUAUAUAAAGCGACGUGUUUGGCCGAAUUGAACAAAUUGGCAUCCAAACCAGUGACUUUCAAUUCCCCACAAGUCGUCCAAAAAACUAUGGAUGAAUGUUUUCAACGUGCCAUGCAGUGCCGUCAACGGGACGAAGAAGCUGCGUACAUUUUCCUCAUGCGCUACUUCGACUGUUACGAGCGGCUUAAAUUCUUGGCCGGGAAUACGGUGAAGUCCAGUCUGUUUAAUACCAACUUAAAAAGGCAAACACUCUUGGCAAUGGACUAUUUAGAGCGAUUACACAAGAGCCUCGAAGAACGAUAUGAGGCGGUUCGUAAGGCCCAUUCCGAUCCGUUGCAACUUCCAACGCCACCCGGAAAUGUUACAGCUCCUCCGACGAAGGAACCGACCGGGUGGAUUUCAGUAACCGAGCUGACCUCACAAAUGCGAAAGAAAAAAGACACUUUAUUGAUCUUUGAUCUACGCUCUGCAGCAAAUUACGAAAAGUGUCAUAUCAAGUGGAAUUCUAUGAUAAACUUUCCUGCUGAACAAAAUCUCACUCGAGGUACGACCUUCACUAUCAUCUCGACUACUCUGUCAAAUGGCCCGUUUCAUGCACAUUGGAAAAAUCGGGGCAAAUUCGACCAGAUUGUGCUCUUGGAUGAUAAUAGUGGCUCCGGAAUGACCGAUAUUCCGAUUGCGAACGCAUUGCCUCGAUCUCAUCCACUGAUCCUCAUGAAAGAUGCCAUAUAUAAGUGGGACGCGUCCAGUAUUGUGAAGACAGAACCCCUGAUCCUGUCAGGAGGAAUGCGCGAAUUUUUGCUGCGCUACGCCCCGCUCACAACCAGUCCGGAUCAUCGAAUCGACCAAUCCGAUCACGAUACUUCCUCGGUCGGCACAGGACUUCCUGCUAGUAGCAUAGACUAUCCGGAUAUGGCCGCGAAAGACAAAGAGUUUGAAGAAGCCCAACGAAGACGUAAACGUUUGGAAGAAUUGGAGGAAGAAGCACGGAGAAAAAAGAUCGAGGCCGCUGAACUGGAAGCCUCGACCCUCAAACAGGCUGCGCUCGCCGCGGUCCGCGGGGAAUCACGGACGGUUCGUACCCCGAAUUCGCUCCCUAGCAAAGAAGAACACAAGACGAACCAGGGCUUGAACGAUAUGAAUGCUGUGUUCCCUCAGGAACCAACUCCACGCGCGUCCGCCGACAGUCCAUCUGAAUUGGAUUUGGAAGAACGAUUGCGUGUUUUACGAGUGUGUAAACCACGACUAUCUACCACCACGGUUGCCUCAAAAUCUACCGAGUCGAAUGAACCGACCCUGUUACAACCACCACCUCAGGUGGAUCGUACACGUAAACCCAGUGUGCUCUCCAGCAAUAGCCCUAAUUCACUUGACGUUUUGCCGCAACCCAGUUCCGUCGAACGUGGACGCGAUUCAGGCGAGCGAGUUCCCACAAAUGGACUUCCACAUUCCGCAUCGUCACAGGAAAUCAGUUCCCCGUUCGUGCCGAUCAAUGAAAUAGGUCCGGACAGAAUUGAGUCCGAUGUGACGGGCAUGUCCAGACACGGGACCGAUCACGCUCCGCUUGGGUCUCGUCUCGGCCAGGCUAUGUCAAACGUUGAUCUUAGCACUUCGAGUAAGUCCAAAUUGAUACCGUCGAACCAAUAA